GCGACUCGAGAUGGACCUCAAGACGCUCGAAGCCUCCUGCACCACGUCCGAAGCGGCCAAGAAAAUCGCCGAAUACUGCCAGAGCACGGCGGACCCGUUCCUCGGAGAGAACGACGGCGGCCCGAACCCGUGGCAGCAGAGCGGCCAAGGCGGCGGUAGCUGCACCAUCCUAUAGUGCUCAACAGCGUUAGGACUCGCAGCUUCUUUUCCAGCUUCUCCAUCUAUCUAUUUGACCGCAUUCGGACAAAUACAACCUUGAUUUCUGCUCCUCGCG